UAAAAAUCUAAAUAUAAAACAAUCAAAACAUGAAAUAAAAUUAAAGUAUAUGCACCUCGGCAAUUAAAUAUGAAAAAAAUAAAAAUGUCACUUCAACAUUUACCAUUAUAAUUGCAGUUUUCACCAAAAAUGACAUAUUUACUACUGUAAAACUGUGGUAACUGUAAAACAUGAAUAAAUCAAUCAAUAAAAGGCUAGAUGCUUUUACGUUCUUUGAAUGAUGGACAGAUAAGUUUGUGUGAGAUCAGAUUUGGGCAAAAUAUAGGCAAAGUACACUGACAAAAUAUUAAGAAGAGGGGUUUCAGAUAAAAUGUAGGGCAAAUAAAUUACUGUCCUUUAAAUAUCAGAAUAUAUUAAUAUUUAUUAAAUGCUGUCUGUCAUUUUGAAGAAAAAAAAAAUCAGUUUGAGUUUCCACAUAGGCUAACUGCUGUCAUAAAAAAGGCAAAUGAGGUUUUAUAAGGAUUCUAGCAGGACCAAGCUGGUCAAUUUAUUAUAGCCCACACUGAUCUAGAUGAUGGAUUAGCUGGACUACCAGCUGGUGGGACAGAGAUCAACAUUGAUUGUAGACCUUCAUCAAGCUGGUUAGGGUUAGACCACCUUGCAAAAAAACAAACCAGCAUGUUCCAAAACGAAGCUGAUAUGACAUGGGAUUUCCAGCAAAACUGGAAAGUAUUUUGACAAAAUUCUAACUUUUUCGCUUUAAAACAAAUUGUGUUAUAUUAUAAAUGAUAUUAUGUAUCAUAUCUUGCACGUACCACAUCUGCAUAGUUCAUACUAGCACAUUUAUGACGCCUGCAAACGACUUCACGGGACACAGCGCUGGAAGAACGUAGACACGCAUAGUGACGUCAUGACGUAAACAAGCGCCGCGUUUCCUAUCAGGAAGAGUAAUAGUGUGCAUUCACAAUAAACAUCAGGUUUGGUUGGGCCUGUAUCCAUGAGUGCGCUCUUGCUGGAGGCGUUCUAUGGCGGUUCCCACAAACAGCUGGUCGAUCUUCUCAAGCAAAGUGUUGAAGACUGUGUAAGCUUCACUCUACCUGCGAAGAAAUGGCACUGGAGGGCCAGAACUUCUGCUUUGUACUUCAUGCAAGCAGUUCCAGCAAGUUCCACGUACAGAGUUUUGUUCACAAGCUCCGUCCUCAAUCUUGCUGAGCUUGUAGCCCUGCGGCCUGAUCUCGCUCAUCUUAAGAAGGUCCUCUACUUCCAUGAGAACCAGCUGGUAUAUCCAGUCCGAAAGAGACAAGAAAGAGACUUCCAAUAUGGUUACAACCAGAUCCUCUCAUGCCUGGUCGCGGAUGUGGUGGCGUUCAACUCCUCGUUCAACAUGGAGUCCUUCCUCUCCUCUAUCUCCACCUUCAUGAAGACCAUGCCCGACCAUCGACCCAAAGAUCUGGACCGGCUCAUCCGACCCAAGUGCCGUGUCCUCCACUUCCCGAUUCGCUUUCCUGAUGUCACAAGAUUCCUCCCUGCUCACAAACGUCUCAGGCAUUCAGUGCGGUGUGAUGAUAUCCACGCUCAGGCUGCUCAAAGCCGCGGUCAAACCUCAGGUCCAAGUUGUCCAGACCUCACGAUAGACUCUGAGUUACCUGAGAAGAUUCUCUAUGUGGCGGGGCCACAUCAGUCCUUGAAGCCCACGAGUGUCACACCCCAUCAGGAGCUGUUGGAGAAUCAGCCAGUGUCAUGCACUGAUGAUGAUGAUGAUGAUGAUGUUGAGAGAGGGAAACUUCGGCCACUCCACAUAGUCUGGCCACAUCGUUGGGAACAUGACAAAGACCCACAGCUGUUCUUCCAGACCUUACUGAAACUCAAAGAACGACAGCUGAGCUUUGAAGUUUCUGUCCUAGGAGAGACCUUCACCGACGUUCCAGACAUCUUUUCAGAAGCCAAAGAACAGUUGGUUGACCACAUCCAGCACUGGGGUUUCAUGCCCAGUAAGGAAGAUUACCUCAAAACGCUGUGCCAAGCAGAUGUCGUCGUUUCCACAGCCAAGCACGAGUUUUUCGGAGUAGCAAUGUUAGAAGCGGUCCAUUGUGGUUGUUAUCCCCUGUGUCCGAAGGCUUUGGUCUAUCCUGAAAUAUUCCCGGCAACAUAUCUGUACUCAACACCUGAACAGCUGUGCAAAAGACUACAAGACUUCUGCAAGCGUCCACAAUUAGUCAGACAACAUGUUAUUCAGGUGAACCUCAGUGCUUUCUCCUGGGACACUCUGGGGGACGGUUUCAGAUCCCUCCUGAUGUCAACUGAGGAGCACAUGUCAUGACUCGUGACCCCCAAAAAUACAUUAUGAUUUAAAAUCCAGCCUCAUUGUCAAAGAGAGUUUAUGACCCAGAAAACCUCUCUGCUAUUAUUUAAGAAAAACAUGUAUAUGUGAUUUUAAUGUCCUCGUAUGCCGGAGGG